CACCAACCAGUCCACUCCACCAUUUUCACAAGUCCACAAGUCCACCAGUUUGAUGCCAGCGCAUUUCCCAGCGCAUAUCCCGCACUUACUUGCUGCGCCUUCAAAUGCCAAGGUUGUCUAGACGUCCCUGGCUCAUGUGUUUUGCAAGUACCAGACAGAAUAAGUUUAUGUUGCUCUCAUUGAUGACGCUCUUUUCUUGUUAAUUUCCCUUCGUAUACGUUCCCCCUUCCCUUAUUUCUACUGUAUUGUUGUGCUUUGUUUACUUGCAUCAACAAAGACUGUAGCUCCCUUAAACCGCCCAAGCCCAACGACGACGACUUCGUGAUACGCUCCUGCUGGCACACGAGUGGCACUCAGUAGGGACAGCCAAAAGCUUGAUCCGACAACCCCAAUACCUCAAUCACCUCUCAUCAUGGGAAUUUUCCACCGAGGCGGUAAAGCGCCAGACGGGGAGGAAAAGGGCACAGCUCCCGCCGACACUGAUGUGGAAAUGAACUCUCCCUCUUCUGCACCUGCAGCUGUAUCCGAAAAGCGCCGUUUACCUGGGCAACAUGUCAUCAACGAAGCUGGUCUGCGAGUUACGAAAGGCAUUGCCCCCGAUGGAGAGAGCGGCAGAUCCUGGAUUCACCCGUGGCAUUUCCUCCGAAUCUGCUUCAUCUCAUCAUGCCGGGCAUCGAUGUUCGUCAACAUAUUGUGGCCCUUUGUGCCCGCUGCCCUCGCAGUUCGAUACGCCCGACCCGACCUCAACGUGGUUAUAUUCAUCCUCAGCUACAUCGCCAUGGUCCCGAGUGCCAACCUUGUUGGCUUCGCUGGCCAGGAGUUCAGUCGGAAGCUGCCGAGAGUCUUGGGAGUCUUGAUGGAGACGACGUUUGGCUCUAUUGUUGAGAUUGUGCUGUUUAUGGUGCUUCUCACCCAGGGCGAAUAUCUUGUCAUCCAAGCUGCUAUACUGGGCUCUAUCCUGGCGACUAUGUUGCUUUGUCUCGGACUCUGCUUCUUCGCUGGUGGCCUUCGCCGCGAUGAGCAGACGUUCGAUGAGGCCAUUAGUGAAGUGGGGAAUGGUCUCUUACUUAUUGCUGGCCUUGGUCUUGUCGUACCGACAGCUUUCUACAAUGCACUUCAGGGUAGUACCGAUAUUACACCUGCGGAUCUGAAAGUAGCAGUUCUGCAAAUCUCCCGAAUCACGGCAAUUCUGCUCAUCAUAUCAUACGCCUUCUACAUAUUCUUCAAUAUGCGAUCUCACCACAGCAUUUACGAUGCCAUUUUCUUGAAAGAUGAGCAUGGGGAUGCGGAUCGCGAACACGACAUCAUAAAGCCCAAACUCACUCUGACGGAGUCUGUGCUUGCCUUGGCCAUCUCCGUCGCGCUGGUGACUUUAAUGGCCAUCUCCCUGGUGAUGGAGAUCCCCCACAUAGUCGAGAAUAACGGAGUCUCAGAUCUAUUUAUGGGCUUAAUUCUCGUCCCACUUGUCGAGAAAGCCGCAGAACACAUAACUGCCAUCGACGAAGCCUGGGACAAUUCCAUGAACCUUGCCUUGGCCCACGUUCUGGGAGCAACUAUCCAGACUGCACUGUUCAACGCACCUCUGGCUGUCGUCGUUAGCUGGGGCCUUCAUCGGGAGCUGGAUCUAAACUUUGACCUCUUCACGAUUGUUGUCGUCAUCCUGUCCAUUAUUGUCGUCGGCAAUUUCCUCAAGGACCGCAAGAGCAACUACCUGGAGGGGGCCCUGUUGGUGAUUGUAUACAUCAUCAUUGCCGUGGCGGCUUUCUAUUACCCGAAUCCUGCACACCAUGGAGGGACAGCUGAAGGAGAAACUGCAGCUCCGGCGGAAGGCCAUUGAUAAGUGAUGCACAUUAGUGUCACGAUAUAGUAUUGUGUUUGUAUUUCACCUCUGCUUGUGCAUAGCGGGUUCAUUAUGUCUAUUUAUAAGUCUAUUUAUAACUUGAAAUUGGGUUGCAGGUUGAGCGCGUUUAUAUUUGUUUUUUAAGAAGGGGAUGGCGAACAUGGAAAAAGGAUUCCAGACUGCAUACAUAGGAAUCAAACGAAUUUAACACACCCCCAUUGCUUGUGCUGUGUUUGCUGUGAAAAUCAAGCUUGAACGGUGGCAAGGGGCUCCUUAUGCCGGUUAGUUGCUGGCGGAGAAUAAGAUUUUCCGAAUUAUAUGAAGGCAUGGUAGUCACUAUGGCGAAUGUGUAGUGACACAAUUGUAAAUAUUCAUAUUCAUUAGGCUACUUUCCAUUCUCGACCAUGUCUGAGGUAGUGCCGUCCUCUCUGUAUCCAGCAUCGGCGUUCCUCAUCUUCAAUGCAUGAUUACAUUGUUAUCCAGUAGAAUUCAUUCCAUCCAUUUACACAGGAUGACGCUCACCCAACGGUGAGAACGCAUUCAAAUGUCCUGGCCCACUUCAUUCGCAAGGGUCGCGCUCGUACUUGAUGCGGACGAGGUUCAUCAUGGCAGGUUCACGCUCAAUAGCCUGCUUUGCCGAAUGAGCCUGAGCGAGGAUGCUCGAGAACUCCCAGAUCAUGACUCCAGG